ACUUAUUAAUUAUAUGCAGUUAUAAGAUAUAUUUGUAAAUAUAGGAAAGAUUAUGGCCCCCGAACGUUUUAACAAUAAAAGAGGAGGAAUGCGAGCUGGUUUUAGAGGAAGAGGAGGUGGUGCUCCUGGAAGAGGCGCGCCUCGGGGAGGAGUUAAUAGCGCCCGAAGAGGAUCGUUUGGGGGACGCGGCGGGCGAGGUGGAAGGGGAGGACGGGGCGAUCGCGGUGGUCGUGGUGGACGAGGCGGCAGAGGCGCUAAGAAACCCGGUUUUAAAGGCGGCUCGAAAGCCAUUGUUGAGCCUCAUCGCUUUCCUGGCGUUUUUGUGGCACGUGGCAAAGAUGAUGCUAUUCUUACAGAGUCCAUGGCUCCCGGCCUUUCCAUAUAUGGCGAAAAACGCAUCCAAACAGAAAGAGAGGAAGACGGCCAGAAGAAGACGGCUGAAUAUCGAUUUUGGAAUCCAUUUCGCUCUAAAAUAGCUGCUGCUGUUAUUCGAGGAGUUGAAAAUAUAUGGAUUUACCCGGGCGCCAAAGUUUUGUAUCUUGGCGCCGCUUCCGGUACCACUGUUUCUCACGUUUCCGAUAUCGUUGGUCCUGAGGGCCUGGUGUAUGCUGUGGAAUUCUCUCUCCGUUCCGGUAGGGAUUUGGUAAACGUUGCAAAGAAGAGGAUUAAUAUUAUUCCUAUUAUUGAAGAUGCGAGACAUCCUUAUAAAUAUCGGAUGCUCGUUGGGAUGGUUGACACUAUUUUUGCUGAUGUUGCUCAACGUAAUCAGGCGCAAAUUGUUGGGGUUAAUGCGGAAUAUUUUCUAAAGAAAGAUGGCCAUUUCGUAAUUUCUAUUAAGGCAAACUGUAUAGACUCUACUAUUCCAGCAGAAGCAGUUUUUGCUUCGGAGGUAAAUAAAUUACGUUCUCUCGAUUUGAAGCCCUCCGAGCAAAUUUCGUUGGAACCGUUUGAACGUGAUCAUUGCGUCGUUGUGGGAACUUUUAGGAAGACUCCUACACAAAAAAAUUAGAUUUUAAUCAAUUUUAAUUAUAGUUUAUUUUA